CAUCCGUCGAAUCUUCAAAAAAUAUCCGAGGAAAAUGGCGCUGGAAGGCUGCGUAUCCUCACUCCGCAGUAGCAUGCAGCUACUCGACUCCUCGAUCAACAUCCUCGACGAAGGUGUAAACGACUUCCCCCGCCUGGCCAAAGUCCUUCAAACCACCAGACACUUCGAACUCAUCUCCGAACCAGACCUCCACCAAGCCCAAGCAACCCUCCUCUCCGAAAUCCGACCCGAAGUAGAAUCCCUCCUCCUCCGCGUGCAAAACCACCUCGACAAGCUCGAGCGCCGCGAGCAAUCGCUCAUCGCCAAAUGCGAUCUCAACGACGGCCGGCUGGGCUCGACGUCGUCCUCGUCAGCAGCAGGGGAAUCCGCAUUCGCUACGGGUUCGGCAGGCGGUGCGGGGAAGAAGACAGGCGGGAAAGCGCUGACGGCGGUGCAGGAAAUGAAGUAUAAGCAGUUGAGGGCGAAGAAGCAGCGGUUGAGCUAUUCGGUGGAGACGCUGGAGUUGCAGGCUAAGCAGCGGGAGAGGCAGUUGCGGAUGAGCAUGGCGGCGCCGCAGCAGUUUUAUGACGAUGAUUGA